AGUGUCAGGUGUACCCGUGCCGGGUUAGAAGUUUGGUGAGGGACGACUUGAUCGUUUUUGUCCAUCGCUAUUUCCCGGCGCCCACACAACGUGUAACCCCCCUCACUCUUUGGGGAUCGAAUCAUCGAUGGCAACCCUUUCGAAGGAGGACUUCAUGGACGAAGACCUCGACUUAUCGGGUUUGGAUGAAGACUUGUUCAUUGGUUUGAUGGGUGAAGGGGAGGGAGUGAAUACUUUCAUGCUAGACGACGUCAGGGAGGAUGGCCUGACAUGUCCGUCGGUGGUGGAUGAUUCGCCUUCCCCUUUCACUGCUGUCUCUGCGGCGGUAGCCACGAGUUUCAAGGCGGAAUGCAUGGAUGACGAUCAAUCGAGCCAUGUGCACGGGGAGAGUUCAGCAGAGGCGUUUGACCUGGGCGUAUUACCGGAAAGCAUCCAUGCGCAGCAGCAGGAUGGAAUUAUUCCGGAGCAAGAAAACCAAUCAGGACUCAAACGAAACGCCCAUCCGCGAAAACUAUCAGACACUGGCUCUUUAUCCUCACCGCACGCACAACAAUCCCCCAUUUCCGGGGCCAGCCCCUCCCACGGCGAUGGCCGGAGCAAGACGAGGCAUGUCGGCAAGGGAGGCCGGCCCUCGCUCCCCUCCUACCCAAAGGGGCCGCCUGCACCAAGCGGCCUUUACCCCGGAGCGACAGCCAUACCCGCAGUGGUGGUAGUAUAGGGAAGGGAGAGAGCGACGGUCGACGCGUCGUGAAAAGCGAAUCUUUCCGAUCUGGGAGGCCGCCACCUCUCUCGUGUUUUAUGGGCCCCGGGGCCGAUUGGGAAGGAGGGGAGCGUUCGGGAAAACUCCAAGACGCGAAAAUGGACCGUCACACUCUCAAGCGCCCUGCCUUGGAAGACAUCAGGAGCACGCCUUCGUCCUGCUCCUCCUCCACCUCCACCGGCAGCAGUCACAGCCGCAGUGGUGGGAAUGAGGACGCGGAGCUCACCUCCGCCUUGGCGGCUCUGGAACGCCAGGGCUUGGCGCCACAGGAACUGAAGAAACAGCGACGCUUGAUCAAGAACCGGAUGGCGUCCCAGCAGCACCGGGAGCGGCAGAAGCAGCAGCUCGAGCACCUGCAAGCCUCCUUGGCGGCGAAGGAGGAGGAAAUCAUGGCCUUGCGGGUAGAGAGGGACGUGCUGCGGACAGCCAACGGCGAAAUGAAGAAAGAAUUGGGCAGCCUGCGUCAUGCGCUCGGCGUUCCAGGACCUGAGGGGGGAGGCGGGGGG